GCGCAAUGAAGGGAUUGAUUGGGGAGAGGUACCGGACUAGAACAGCGCAAUGAAGGGAUUGAUUGGGGGGAGGUACCGGACUAGAACAGCGAAAUGAAAGGGCAUUGAUGAAGUAUCGGUGAGUGGUGCUCUGUUAGCUGCGUACGUACAAACAGUUUACCAUUCAUGCGUAUCGAGUUCCUUUAAAAGUUUACCUUUGAUGAACGAAUCGGGCACUGCUCAUGUUGCGUAAACAGGCUAUAUUUUUUAUAGGGGAGCGUGCAUAUGCCGUAUCACUAUUUGUGCCUUUAGUACUACGCUGUAAUACGGAGAAAAUGCUGAAUAAGACAAAGAUAGCGAUGUACUGCUGUAUAAGACCUAUUAAUGGUAAGGAAUGCUAGUGCAUUCACUCACAGCACUUCAUAUAUUGUUUAUUACCUGUGCACGUGAUCCUUUAUAGCUGUGGCCUGUUCAUGACAUGCCAAAAAGUGCUCCUCAUAAUUUGCUGGUUAUUCUCUCAGCAAGAAGAUGCACCGCAACGGCAUUCACCAGGCAAACUAAUCUAAUUCAUCGCCACGAGUGUGCAAAACCUUUUGUUUCGUAUUUCUACGCAGCUCGACCCCUUACCCGUACUAAAUUGUUACACAAAAACACACCCAACAAAUUUCUAAUGGCCCAAAAACCGAAUCCGCCAUCCCAAAAAACAUUCGCACACAUUUCCAAGGAACUCAACAAAAGACUGGGCCCAGAAUACAUUUCAUACCGCCAGGCAUUCAACAACACACACGUCGCGUACAUAGAAGGAUGGACGGCGAUAAAUAUAGCAAAUAGAAUUUUUGGAUAUAACGGAUGGUCGUCCAAACUACGACAAAUCAAAAUUGAUUAUAUUGAUGAAUGUAACCAACGGUACAGUAUAGGCAUAAGCGCUGUUGUUAGAGUGUCAUUGAGUGAUGGCACGACGCGUGAGGAUGUUGGAUUCGGGAGUGCUGAUAACCAGAGGGUUAAGUCACAAGCAAUAGAGAAAGCGAAGAAAGAGGCUGUUACAGAUGCCUUGAAGAGGGCACUUAGGCAGUUUGGAAAUGCACUGGGCAAUUGCUGCUAUGACAAGGAAUUUCUUAAGGACGUGAGGACUGUUAAGAAGCAGGAUAAAGAAGUUUUGAAGGAGUACGAAUUGUUGAGGAGAGAGAAUGUACAAGGAGAUGAAUAUGUGCUGUCUCUUGAGAGUGAUUUGGAUGAUCUAAUGAAGAGGGACAGAAACGAUUAA